UGAAAAAGUUUCCUGAUUUUUGUUCUGCCGAUAGAAGAAUCGAAUAACUCUUAUCAUCAAGCUGAGAAAAGUGGUCACGAGUGACACCGUGUGCAGUCCGCUCGGUCUUGGCUCGAGCAUGGAUGAGUGAUAGCCGCCCUCAUCGCCGCAGGUCCGCCCCCCCCCGCACUCCAACAUGACACUAACACUACUACUCCUACGGCGGCCCACAUCCAGUCUCCUUCGGACCUCACCAUGCCUUUACCGAUGCUUGAACGUUGAUCACCGCAACCGGCUGUCCAACUUCUUCGUGCCAAGCGGCGGCAUUGCCCAAUCCAAAGAUGGCCCAGAAGACACCCACGCUCUUCUCGUACGGACGGGUUUCCUACGGCAGGCUUAUUCGGGGAUCUUCCAUUAUCUUCCGCUGGGCUUCCGCGUCCACGAGAAACUGGAGCGGUUGAUCGACAAGCACAUGCGCAGCAUCGGGGCCUCCAAGCUCGCACUGUCAUCUGUAUCCACCGAAAAGUUAUGGGAGAAGACAGGGCGGUUGGCUGGUGGUGGGGCCGAAUUGAUGCGUUUCAAGGACCGCAAGGGGACGCGGUACCUUCUUGCGCCUACGCAUGAGGAGGAAAUCACCGCGUUGGUCGGGAGCAUCGUCGGAAGUUACAAGCAAUUGCCAUUGCGAGUUUACCAGAUUGGACGGAAGUACCGAGACGAACGUCGGCCACGUGCAGGAUUGUUGCGGGGAAAGGAGUUCACCAUGAAGGAUCUUUACACUUUUGACACGACAGAGGCGGCGGCGCUGGAGACCUACGCUGAUGUCCAGGUUGCGUACCGUGCGCUAUUUGACGAAAUAGGACUGCCGUAUUUGGUGGCAGAGGCGGACUCGGGAAACAUGGGCGGCAAAUUGUCGCACGAAUACCUAUACCCUUCACCAACAGGCGAGGACACGAUCCUUUCGUGCACGUCAUGCAACUACACCGCCAAUUCGGAAGUCGCCAUCCCUCGCCCUUCCCCACCUAGCCAGCUUCAGCCCUCUUCGUCCGAGAUUGGCCUGCACCACUCCAUCACUGUGGAUCGUAUGACACUCAUUAAUACCUACUUCCUGCGCAACUCCAAGAAUGCUCAUGGCACAACCGAGCCCAACGAGGUCAACCUGCAUCGUAUCAGGGACUUAGUUCCUGACCUCGAUCCGAGUGUAUCUCACCCGCUUGACCUGUUUUACGACAGCUUCACACCUUACCCUGCGCCUGCCGAAGAUCAGAAGCACAGCCAAAUCAUCAACCUGUUCGACAGCGCGCUCCCGUAUCCACUCGCCGAGUCCUCGUUUUCAAACCACACCGACCACAGGAGCCACUCCAGCUUCAUCGCUGACAAGCGCAUUCCCACCACCUCCAUAUCAACCCACCCCGCAACCGGCACCCGUUUAACGCUGAUGAAAUCCCGUAUCGAUGAUAGCUGCCCACGCUGUGAGGAAGGACACCUUAAGACCACCACCGCCAUCGAGCUAGGCCACACCUUCCACCUCGGCACGCGGUACACAGUCCCGCUCAAUGCUAUGGUCAGCACCGUCGAGCAAACCCGGGUGCCCAUGCAACAGGGCUGCCAUGGCCUCGGCGUAUCCCGCAUGAUCGCCGCCAUUGCCGAGGGCCACCGCGACAGUAAGGGACUUGGCUGGCCCGCAGUCGUAGCACCGUUCGAGGUGUGCAUCAUCACGCACUUCUCCGAGGCCCGUGAGGACGUCGAAAUGAUCUACGAUAGCCUUACCAGCGGCAACACCAGAGAUGUAGUGGUUGAUGACCGCGAGCGUGAACUAGUUUGGAAGAUGAAAGAUGCGGAUUUGGUCGGGUAUCCGGUGUUUUUGGUUCUUGGCCGCGCGUGGAAGAAGGAUGGGCUCAUUGAGGUGCAGAGUCGUCGCGCGGGUGUCAAGUCGCUUAACGUUAAGCCUGAGGACUUGAGGAAAGUCGUGGACGAGUUGUUGAAGACUUUGUAGGCAGUAUAGCUUGUACGUUAGGAUGGCUUCGGUAAUCUGCAAUUCGGCUCCGAAUUCAGUGGUAGUCAGUCAAGUGAUUGGUUCUAAUACCGUACCUGACCAGAGUCACCAGGCGAUAGCAACAUAAAAAUAACAACCCGAUUAAAUAA